AUGGACAAUCUAUUCAGAGCCACGGCUGUGGGAGGUGUUGGAAGCAGCACAGGGUCUGGUGAGAGAACGGCAUCAGGAAGCUCCAGCAGCACCGUUCUGAUCACAUCCAGCAGCACCUCUGGGUCAGGAGGCCUGGACCUCUCGACUCUACGAGGCUCCUCUGCUGCGUCCUCCGGGGGGGGGAGACUAGGCCCUUCGGGGGGCUCUGAAGCAGGGUUUGGAGCCUCCGGAGGAGGAGGCUCCUCUAGCUUGUCCUCUGCGAGUAGUGGCACAGAAAGGAAGAGGGAAGGGGGUCUUGGUGGGGCGACAAAGACCAGCUAUGGUCCAGGAGGACACGGAGACUCCAAGAGAGGAUUGUGCUCCACUGUCCCUCACUCACCUCUGAAAGAGAGGAAGAGCAUGAGCACGGCCAUGGCCGCCGCUCACUCAGUUGUCUUUUAUGAGAGUUCAAGCCCAAACUCAUCUCCAGAGUACAGCAGGAAGGAGUACGGCCCUUCAAGUGCAACCUCAAGUAGUGCCACCAGAGGGAGAACUCAGAGCAGAGAGAGUGAGAUCAGAGCCAGGCUUCAGAGCGCUUCUCCACCAGCGCGCUGGACGGAGCUGGAUGACGUGAAACGUCUGCUGAGAGGAACCUGCUCCCCCAGCACCAGCCCCCCUCAGUCCCCUAACAACACGCUGCCCAUCCCCAAGAAGGCCAGUGUGGAAACUAGGACCAUGUCAGAGAGCGGCGGCGCAGAUCAGUAUGAUAGCAUUUGGUCCGGAGGUAUGAGCAGUAGCUACAGUUACAACACCAACCACAACAACCUGUCCUCUCUCACCGCCCUCCACCCGUCAGGAGUUCAGAACAACCUGACACCCGGCUUUCCCUCCAUGCACAGCGGCCCUUCUGCUAGUAGCUCAGUUCCUGUGUAUGGUGUCCAGAAUAACCUGGCCAGUACCGGUGGUAUGGUCCUCAGUCCAAGUGGAACCAACCCACAAAUAGUUUAUGGUGUGCAGAAGAAUGUUUCUGCCACUGGACUGAGCACCACUCCAGUGAGACCCAGCCGUCCCUUUAAUGACGACCCCGCAGGCAAAGACUUUAGGUUUGUGCUGACAGAGAAGGAGAACGUUCCCGUCAAAAAGGAGACAGAGCGCCUGGUGAUGACCAAAGACACAGGGAAGCAGUUCAUGUCUGCUCAACCUGCUCUGACUUCUGCCACCUACUCGGGGGACUCCCUGAAGAGAGAGAAACAGACCAGCAGAGUGGAGGGAGGAACGGAUGCUAAAUCUGCAACAUUGAAAGCUGCUACAAAAGACAAAGCCACCUAUGCAGAGAUCGGUAAAGACGAGUCCGGCUUUAGCUUCUGCUCCUGCUGCAGCUGGUGGAAGUGGCUGCUCGGCCUUGUGCUCAGCCUGCUGCUCCUCCUCGGCCUCCUCUUUGGACUCAUCGCUUUGGGUGAAGAGGUGAAACGGAACAAGAACCGCCUUGAUGCUCUUGAAGCCAUUACUGGCACUGCCUCAGCCAGGUCCAGCCGACUGUCGGCCACCUCAGCCGUCAACAUCAUCGACCCACUGGACGCUUCAUAUAUCAGCAGCAGUUCUUCCAGGUCCACCCUGACCCGGUCUGAAAACGGAAUAAACCUGGGGGCUGUUGAGCACGGCGGGGGCGGAGGGAGCGGACCAGAACAAGACAGCGCAACCCUGCAGAGAGCCGUUGAGCGGCUGGUCAAGGCCGAACUCCGCUCGGAUGCUGUAAGAGAAACACUUGCAUUCUCGCUUAAAGGAGAGAAAGGAGAUCCUGGACCUAAAGGUGAUCCGGGGCAGCUAGGACUAAAAGGUGAUAAUGGAUUUCCCGGCCAGCCAGGCCCCCCUGGGCAGAUGGGACAUCCAGGAUUGGAUGGACCAAGAGGACCAAAGGGAAGUGGAGGUGAAGCAGGUGCCGAGGGACCACCAGGACAGAGGGGGCGGGACGGGCCAAUGGGCCCCCGGGGAGAGGUUGGACCACAAGGCUUUGGAGUGAAAGGAGACAAAGGAUCUCAAGGCGAGGCAGGACGUCCGGGUCUUGCUGGUGCUGCUGGUCUUGUGGGGCCAAAAGGUCCAAUGGGAGAGCAGGGUUCCUCAGGAAGCCCCGGAGCUCCAGGUCCAAAGGGUUUCCCGGGUGAGGCAGGAGCACCAGGCCCUAAAGGUGAUCGAGGAACACCGGGGCUUACAGGAAACAAAGGAGAACAAGGAGAGAGGGGACCGCGUGGACCUGCAGGUGAACCUGGACAAACUGGACCACAGGGACCAGCUGGAGCAAAGGGUUCUAAUGGUAUUGCAGGGGACACAGGUUCGAUGGGACUUCCAGGAGUAAGGGGACAGCCGGGAAUUCCUGGAGAUGUUGGGCCACCAGGUCAACCAGGAUCCCCUGGUAAUGUCAUCGCUCCAAUUGGUUCCAAUACUGUCACAAUACCCGGACCCCCAGGGCCUGCUGGGCCUGCUGGGCCAGCUGGGCCUGCUGGACCUCCAGGUCCUGCUGGAACCCAUGGUCUGUCUGGUCCUGUUGGCCCCGCUGGUAUCCCAGGACAACCUGGACCUAAGGGAGAACAAGGAGAGAAAGGAAUAGGAAUUGGUUUACCUGGACCCAAAGGAGAGAAAGGAGAACCUGGCAGCUUUGUGCCAACCUCAGAAACCUUUUUUGCUGGACCCCCAGGACCCCCUGGACCGCAGGGUCCAGCAGGAGUCAAAGGACCACAGGGUUACCAAGGUGAACCAGGUCAACCGGGCCUUCCAGGGAGUCCAGGGGAACCAGGGGUUGGUGUCCCAGGUCAGCCAGGACCCAUGGGGCCUCAGGGCCCAACAGGCCCAGAGGGGCCACAAGGACCUCAAGGUUAUGGAGGACCCCCUGGUGCCCCAGGAGUCCCUGUGCUCAACAAUGGUGGUUCAUCCAGCCCUGGAGCCCCAGGCCCACCUGGACAACCUGGACCACCUGGACCACCUGGAUCACCCGGAAGAGACGGAAGUGGGUCUGGAUCAACUGACGUUGGCCAGUACAUAGCAGAUUACCUUCAGAGUGAUGGUAUCAGGCAGUACCUGGCUGGACCUCCUGGACCUGCUGGUCCUCCAGGAGCCCCAGGGACUGCAGUGGAUGACUUGGCCAACCAAGUUAUUGCCUACAUCCAGGGUUCAGGUAGAGGAUAUGAUGGGACGCCUGGUCCUCCCGGUCCUCCAGGUUCACCCGGCUCCAUCUCUGUUAAUGAUGUUAUCAACAUAUUACAACGAGAGGACGUAAAGAGAUACGUGGCUGGUACUCCUGGUCCACCAGGACCUCCUGGAGCUCCAGGCCCGGGCAGCUAUGGAUUUAACACCCAGGAGGUAGCUGAACGGGUCCUCGUCCUCAUGAAUGGAGUCUAUCAGGGGCCUCCUGGUUCCCCUGGUAUCCCUGGUCCACAAGGUCCACCUGGACCUGCAGGUCCAAUUGGCCCACCAGGAUUUGGGAACUACAUCAGUUCAGACAUUCGUGACUACCUGCAAAGGGUUGCCUUCAGAGACCAACCAGGCCACCCUGGUCCCCCUGGCUAUGGAGAAUAUCCCAACGGAGAGACACUGAAGGCAGAACCACAACAUUAUACCAAGAGACACAAGGGAGAGCCUGGUGUUGCUGGUCCCAGAGACUGGAACCAGGAUACUGAAGACUACACCCAGAUGGCUAUCAAAGUAACUGAUUACAUCAAAUCCCGCGGCCUCCUGCAGGACAUUGUGAGGGAAUACAGCAGUCGUGUGUUCCAAGGACCCCCAGGACCGCCUGGACCCACGGGGCCACCUGGAGACAGCCGGUGGUUUGGUUCCCAUGCAAACGCCACAGAUCUGCUGGAAUACAUCAGAUAUCACGGUCUGCUGCGUGACUCGGAUCGAGACCACAAUGAUCGCACCAUCCAAGGGCCGCCGGGACCACCUGGCCCCCCGGGUCGACCCGGAUACAGCCAGCUGUUUGGUUCCCAUUCAAACAUCACAGAUAUAGUGGAAUACAUUAAAACACAGGGAGCCAUUGUGGGGCAGCCUGGGAGACCAGGACACAAAGGAGACACAGGAUACCCAGGGCCCAAAGGAGAGAGAGGUGAACAAGGCCGUCCUGGGCUGCAAGGACUCAAGGGACAGAAAGGAGAAUCAUCUGUGAGGAACAGGAGGAGGCGAGAUGCUGCAGACUGACACAGUUCCUGACAUGGAGUCACUGAGACACAAGCUUGGAUUUCUAUAUUUCUGACUGCGCUGUGGUUCAUGAGUAAGAGCUGGUUCCACUCAUCUGGGGGGAGGAGUCUCUCUUAUGGUUUACGCCAGUCUGCGCUUUAUAAUUCUUUCUCUAUUUUUAAUUUUUUAUGAUUGUGCAUGAGACUAAAAUGUAGUACAGAGGAAACAUUUUUUAUUUACAGCACUAUGAACAUCAAUAUGACACAUCUACUCUAAGAAAACAGACAUUUAUUUUAAUAAACACAUCAUGAUUUUGAUAUGGAUAUCAUAGUUUUCAUUUAGAACGUCAUCCAUUGACCCUUUUUGUGUGUAGAAUCAAACUAACGGACAGAGCAGUACUGAAGGAGUGAACACGGUGCUUCCAUAGAAGGAGCUGCUGAGGAAGUUCUGCAGGAGCUGCAACAUUCUUCCGCUGGUUUAGUUGUUAAAUACCUUUUAGUAGCCAAUCAGAAAGAAAAGGAGA